CCCACGCUUGCCAUUCUGCCGCUUAACGUAGCCACGUCAAUAAAUCCAGCCGGCUGCAGCCUCUCUAGAACACAACCACACACACACCAACCAGCAGCAGCAAGCAGGUUAGCUGCUUAGGAGCAAUAGACACCGGAGGCCAGGGUCGCCGGCGAUCAUGUGGCCGGAGAAGAUGAGGGCUUGGGCAUCCAUGGCCGAGGACCCGCUGAAGCGCGCGUCGGCGGCAUCGUCGUCGUCGACGAGCCCGCUGCGGCGCUACAGCCCGGCCACGCUCGCCGCCGGCGGCCUCCUCGUCGGCGCCGUCGCCUACUUCAUGUUCAAGGGGAAGCAGGGCCAAGGAAGGCAAGGCGACCAACCGGUUCGCCGUCCUUAACUAGAAGGAGAUCGCUUAUAUCACCUAGCUUAUCUAGUAAUCGCUUGAAUAAUAAUCUCCUCUCCCUUUGCCUAGCGGUCGGCAUCCAUGUAUAAACCACUAUCUUUGUGCUUAGGUUUAUGUAUCCGUUUUAUCCAUGAACUGUCAAAGAACAUGAACAGAAGUCCUCUCUUUCCUGUCAUCC